UAUCGCUAUAUUACGUCUCCAUUCAUCGUUACGGAUGAUAUGAAAAGAACCUUUGACCGUGACGGCUACAUUAUUAUACGAAAUUUGCUCUCUCAAAGUGAAGUGGAAAAGGCAACAAAAGUAGUGGAAUGCAACGAAACAAUGAAAAGGUUCAAGUUUGGCGUCAAAGAUACGCAUGGAAAUGAAAGCGCCCAAAUUACAUGGAAUCAACCCGGAAAUGAUGUCACGGGGCUUAUUGCAAGAUGUGACAAAGUUUCUGGGACAGCUGAAAAGCUUUUAGGAGGGGAAUGUUACCAUUACCAUAGCAAAGUUGUUUUGAAAGAUCCUUUGGCAGGUGGAGAAAGGGCCUGGCAUCAAGAUUAUGGGUACUGGUACCAAAAUGGUUGUCUGUUUCCAGACAUGCUGACUGUGUUUAUCACUCUCGACAAGACUGACCAGUCCAAUGGGUGUUUGCAGCUUCUAAGGGGGUCUCACCAAUGUGGGCGUAUCGAGCAUACUCUAGUUGGUGCUGAAACUGGCGCGAAAAUGGAGAGAGUCAACGAGUUAUUGAAAAAGUGUCCACUUGAUUUCAUAGAAACGGAACCAGGCGAUGGCGUGUUCUUCCACUGCAAUCUGCUCCAUAUGAGUGCUGUUAAUGCGAGUAACAGGAGAAGGCUAGCUUUCCUUGUAGCUUACAACAAAGCUUCAAAUAACCCAGUAAAAGAACACCACCAUCCGCAGUAUACACCACUGAAAAAGGUCCCUGAUGUUGAAUUGGAACACUGCGACGUUUUAGACGAUAUGAAUGGAAAGAGUUUCCUUGAUAUGGAAAACUCAAAGACUUUAAAAGAUCAAACCUCAUUUAAGAAAAGACAAUGAUUUUUUGACAG